GGCUGUGGAGCUCCUUCUUUUUCCCUUGCACCAGCUCUGGCAUUUGUCUCAUUCCAAGAUAUAGCAGAAACAUAUCCUAAAUAGAAAAUGAUGGAUUUUCUCCCUAAACUGGCUUACUGCAGAGUCAGAUGAGUGCCAGAGCUGGCAGUGGAGGAGGGAGGUAUGUCCCUUCCAGAGGCAGUGAUGCUUAACUGCACCGUAAAGUCACAUUCUCUGUUCAUCUCAGCUGAUUGCAGAAGAGCUGCAUGGAAACUACGUCAACUGGGAUAUGGCCCCAAUUAAUUAGCAAAUGUUUUCUAACGUAAAGCACUUUGGAAGGAGAAAACUUGCUGUUUUGUUUUGUGGGGUUUGUUUUUUUUUUUUUUUUUACAGAAUGGAACUGCAGACUAUCACGUGCUUACAGCAGUACAGCUCACUGGCUCCCUGCUAGGCCGAGUGCACUCACAUGUGUGUCAGGGGAUUCUGCUGCAACAGCUUUGUUGCUUUAAUUAUAUCUUCAGAUGCCAUGGAAAAUGUUGGGAUGUGUCCAGUUCUUGUCCUGUCCUUUUCUUUCCCUCUAAAUUCUGUGUUCACAAGGGAGAUGGGAUCAGAAUUAGUCCCAGCAUCGUGACUCCUCUAUCAUGUCAGAACCAAUCACACUCAAUGUUGGAGGAAAACUCUAUACCACCUCUCUGUCCACCCUGACUAGCUUUCCCGACUCUAUGCUGGGGGCUAUGUUUAGUGGGAAGAUCCCAACCAAGAAGGACAGCCAAGGCAACUGCUUUAUUGACAGAGAUGGGAAAAUCUUCCGCUAUAUCCUGAACUUCUUACGAACUUCUCACUUGGACCUCCCCGAAGACUUUCAGGAAAUGGGCUUACUUCGACGGGAGGUAGACUUUUAUCAAAUCCAGCCACUGAUUGAAGCCUUGCAGGAGAAGGAGGUGGAGCUUUCUAAAGCGGAGAAGAAUGCCAUGCUCAACAUCACCCUCGAUCAGAAGACCCAGACUGUUCACUUCACAGUCCGAGAAGCACCCCAGAUCUACAGCCUGUCUUCCUCCAACAUGGAAGUGUUCAGUGCUCAUAUCUUCUCCACAUCAUGUCUGUUCUUGAAGCUUCUUGGUUCCAAACUUUACUAUUGCUUCAACGGAAACCUCUCUUCAAUAUCCAGCUACCUGCAGGACCCCAACCAUCUGACCUUAGAUUGGGUUGCAAGUGUGGAAGGCCUUCCUGAAGAGGAGUACACCAGGCAGAACUUAAAGAGACUCUGGGUGGUGCCAGAUAAUAAGCAAAUUAAUAGUUUCCAGGUGUUUGUGGAAGAAGUGCUAAAAAUAGCCAUGAGUGAUGGUUUCUGCAUAGAUUCUUCACAUCCACAUACUUCAGAUUUCAUGAAUAAUAAGAUUAUUCGCCUAAUUCGAUACAAGUAGGAAUGGCUGUUUAUUACGGUGCCAGCAUGGAGAUAACACAGGUUAAGUGUUUCCCUUUAAAACACACUUACAGCCUAAUUCAGAAUCAUGCUUAUCUGGAUUAAGAGUCACUAACAGGGAGAUGAUUUUCCUUUAACAUAUUUACCAAUAUGACCUUUCAGAAUAUGUCCAUAUUCUAGAUGGAAGGAAUAUUGUCUAGCACCUGAAUUAAGGACUGGUUAUGUCUCUGCCUCCACCUCUGACCUGCUGUACAAUUGUGGGGAAGACCACUUAACUUCUGUCCUUCCUACAUUUUCCAGUUGGAAAAUCAGAGUGAUCCUUAACUUAUAUUGCAAGGGAAUGUGAGGGUUCAGUAAUCAAGGUUUGGAAGGUGUCUGGAGAACAGAUGUGGUGAAGGAUGCCAUGGCACUGCAGUGCAGCACACGGCCCUGGGGGAACAUUUUCCUUGUCUUGCCAUGUCACCCGUGCAGAGCAUCGAAGAAGCUUGGUUGGUUGGAUCUGCAGAGAAGCAGCCUCCCCACAUGCACACACUCAACAUAGCUGUAAAGGAUGGUGAAAACAGCAAACGAGUAAGGGAUCCCGUCUCCUUGGGUUCAGCAAAGGUUUUCUGUCAUCACCUGAAGCUGGCUGGGGUUUUUUUUCUGAACCCUGUGAGGAAGCCCCUGCUCUGUUCUGCUUUCGGGGAAGCCAUGUUUGAGUGAUGUGACUGGAAUGGGGAACGACCAAGGAAGCCAUAGCAGAGAGAAUGGUGUUCUUACAAACUGAGAAAAUUGUGGCUGGUGGGGGAACUUUGCUUUGGAUGCUCUUAAACCUUUACUUUUACAUUCCAAAGGCAUCCAAGACAACUAGUCCUUUUCCUUCUCUUACAAUGUUAAUAUUUGUCUGAAGGAUGCUGCUGAAACUUUCUGAGGUAGAGACAUAUUUGGGGGCUCUCUUCUAAACAUUUGAGCCUCUUCUGCCUGGACAUGGCCUUCUUUUGGGUGCAUCUCCCUUCAGCAGUGCCCGGGAUGCUCUCUGGGUAGGAUGGAUUCCAUGUGAAACAACAACAUUCCCAUCAGGUUACGCCUAGUAUUUUUCAUUACAGAAACAGAAGCUCACUUUUCCUAACCCGGUACAUUGAGCCUUUUUUUUUUUUUAUAUGUAUCACUGUGAAAUGAUCAAGUCACUAAGCUAGCAUUUUACCUGCUUGCUUGGCUUCAGUGUCGUUGUCGGAGAUAAGGCAGUGGGAAACCAGAGGUGAUGACAAUGGUCAAGCUCUUUCCUACGCACCCGGUCUGUGCUACAAUGAAGAUCAUAAUCCACUUAGCUGCACGUUAGCUCUAAACAUCAUUUGUGCCACAUUCAAGGUGGUUCAUUCUCAGCUAAUUAUGUCUAAAAGUAUCUUAGCUGUCUUUCCCUAACCAGAUUGCUACGUGCACAUGAGAGACCCUCUGGAACAUUUCCCAUUAUCUCUAAUGAGAUAGAAGGGAAAAUGCAAAAACCAAGUUUUUCAUUUAGAAUUUUAGUGCUUCCAAAAGUUCUUAGCACAGAGUGGCAAAGCUCAGUAUUGCCUAUGUUCUUGUUUCCCAAAGUAACUAGUCUGUCAUUACAUUAAGCUGACCUGUCAACAAGCUGAAAGAAGCAUUUUGUUACUGUUGUAAAAACCAGAGAGAUAAAUAUAUUUCUACAGUCCUAAACUGUAACUGCAUGAACCACACAAAUCUGCAUGCUGACGGCAAAAGCGCACAUUCUGCAGCUUUUGGCAGCCUGUUAUAAACCACUGGCCCUGCCUGACUUGGUGCUAAACCAGCAUGAUGUAUAUGGGACCAUGUUGUUAGGAAGCACUGACUGGGCUUGAAGCCCUCAGAACCAUUAAACCUGGAAAAUUUUGUGAAUUUUGAGGAUUGUAAACAGGAUUUUGUGGCCAAAUUCCAGCUUGAGUCACCAUAUUCUUCUAGUUUUAGUUGUAUUAGGAAGAAAUUUUUUUUUUUUUUCCCCCAUCCCUGUCCUGAAUUACGAAGCUGAAGUAAUCUGUUCCAGGGGUUGCUGCAUGCCACUGACAAAGCAAAGCAACUCCUGUGUGAAUCUUAUUUCUGACAUGAGUUUGCCAGUCAGUUGGACAUUCUCAGUGAUGAUCUAUGCAGGUAAUAUGAUUAUGAUCUCUAAAAUACCAUACGUGAAUCCUCUUUCAUCAAAUCUAUGCCUUUGCUGAAUUUAUGCUAGCAGAGUUUUUGGGGACUGCUGACAGUAUUUAUUUUUAAUCCACACCCUUGAAAGGAGAUUUUUAAAUGAUCUGUAACAGUAGUUCCUGUGUAUCAGAACUACAAUAAUACUUAUCUAUAGUAAUUUAUUUCCUGUCAGUUUGAGUUUUUCUAAAGAUAAGACCAGUGGGCUUAAAUCUCAUUUGGAAGGGGGGAAAACGUUUCAUCUAUAUCCUUUAGAGGUCUGGAUCAGUACUGCUCCAUUCUGUUUCAGCAAAAUAAAAAUAUUCCCUGGCAGAGUUGAAUCAUUACUGCAUUUUCUGGUGAAAGGCAAGUAAGAGGAGUCCAUAAAAGCACUGUACAGAUCGUGAUCUAGAGCACUUACUCCUCCCCUUAUCUUCACACAGUAGCAGCACCCACACAAAAAGCAGUUAUACAGUUUCUUAACAGUCUGAACAAGGAAUGAAGAGUGCCCCAACCUGGCCUAGACAGUAAUGGGUAAUUCCACUGACAUGGAAACACAGUUUUCAGUCCCCACAGACUAAGGAGAGAACUGAACCCAGGUCUUCUGGAGUGCUUUAACCCAUCAGUCUACUAUGUAAAAGAUGGAUGACUUUAACACAUUUACCUGUGCUCAUCUAACUAAAUCAGGCAAAGGUAUGGCUGGCCACAAAGCUCUGUAAUUUAUUAAUACGGAGAGAAAUGCAAAAUAGCUCUCUUCUAUAUGCAGAGAUGCAAUAUUUCCAACAAGUAUAAAGACAUGCGUGAAAACAGGCUUUGGGAGGAAUAGAAAAACUUGAGAUACCUCUAAAUUUCUAAGCAGAAUAAACAUCUUUAAGUGUGAGAUACUAUUUAGAAUGCCACAGCCAUUCUGUAUGCUAAUAGAGUACGUGAAAUAAGUGGUAAGUGAAUCACUUGUGAUUGCAGUCAAAUAUGUUAUACAAAGGCAGUUGCUAUUCAAACUACACACUAAGCUAAAUUUAUAGCUGCUCCUUAAUUUUGCAGCCUGUGAGUUACGUUAUAAUGACUGUUUAUAGGAAUGUUCUCCCUCCAAAACAUUUGUUCCCUUUUCAUCUAGAUAGCUGGCUUUUGUUUACCUUCUUUUUCUGAGCCCUAGAAGUGUAACUUGCUUUUGCUUACCAGUCAACAGCACUGAAUAUUUUUAUUCUCAAGAGUUUUACUGAAUUAAAGGGAACAUGCGUAAGGUCAUAUUAAGUACAGUGCAACCCCAUCACUAGUCAUGAAAAGCACUUGGCAUUUAUUAGCAGUAACAUCUAAAAAUUAUUUCACUGUUGAGUGUAAUAUUCAGUCUCAGAACAAACUAAUUUUUUUCUUGCAAGGGCCUGAGAACAAGGAGACAAUCUAGUGAGGCUUUUUCCCUUAAAGUCUGAAGGGUGCGUGCUUCCACAUCUUUAUGUGUAACCUCUGUUCUGAUUCUGCCAUAUGCCUGUCUCCCUCAACACCUUCAUGGACAAAAUGAGGCGAAGCCCUGCACUUUUUUUUAAAAGGACUACAUGCUGAGAGAGCCACUGAAUAGAACAAUCAAGUGUUAGAGCAGAAAAAUACGAGAGUUAUGGCAGAUGAUAAAGAAGCUAUUAGCUGUAGUCUAAUGGCAUUUUCAGAUUUGGGCAUGUGCAUAGCACAGUGGGAGUUCUUAUAUGACAAAAAGAUUAUUACGAAGCAUUUUAGUGGAGUCCAGAAAUAAUCACUCAUGGAUUUCUCUAUGUGUUUUAGGCUUGAUAGUUCUUAAAUAUAGAACAAUGUCCAGUUAUAAUGAAAGGACUGAAACCACACAUAAAGAUUAAGACAGCUUUGGUUCAUGCAGCUGUUAAGGGUCAGUAGGAGUUAGCGGGAGGAGUGUUUGUUGCUGCCAGCAAUGGUAGGGAAAUAGAAGAAAUAGGUGUUAAAAGUUAGACCUGAAAGAGUUCACACAUUAACAAGAAAUCCAGGAUUUAGAAGGGAGAGAAUAAAUAAUCAUGAUGUGUUGGGAAAAAAAACGGAGAUCACAAUGGAGUCAAAGAUUUUGCUAUGGAAGGAGGCCGUGAUUAGAAUGACUCACUGGUCCUUUCCAGUUUUAAUCUCCUAUUAUGCAACCUAAAUAUUGGUCAUGCCAAGAGUUAUGCUAGUAACUUGUCAGGAGCAGACAGCUUUGCUUCAAUUUGCAUGUGCUUUAAAUCAUCAAACAUAUGCGGUGCUGUAGUUACCAUAUUUUAACUAGGUUGCUGAGUAUAAAUUGCUGCUGGAGUUCACUGGCAGUGAAUCAGACACCUGCAGUCAAUCAGAUUUAUUCCCACUCUAGGAAGGGCUGUUAGGUUCUAUAUAUAAGGUUGAUGGGAGUGAUAAAUACUGUCUUCAGCCAUAGACUGUGGAAAGUAAAUCUAGGAUCUUCUGAUACUUCACAGAGAAAUGCAAUAAUUAUGAAGAAGACUCCUUUGGGGAGUUUAAUUUUUACCCCACCCCUUUGAAUUUGGUGUCACUGCUCAGAACUUCAAUAUAUUCUGAAAUAUUUAACUGCCACUCUGUAAUGACUCCCAUAUCCACCACACUGAUGGACACAAACACGCAGGGUACAAGCAGUACAAUAUGUGGCCCUCUGAGUAAAAAUCUCGCAUGUGAAUUAGUACAGGCAGUCAUGCAAAUAUUCUGUGUGAGAAGGGCUGGAUCAACCAUGAAUAUGCAGAUCAUGCUCUCAGAUUCACUUGGGAGUAACACGAGGGAUGGUUUCCCUAUGAAUUCGGAAAAAAAGGAGCUAUAGAGGAGGGCUGUAUGGAACAAUUCCUUUUCUCUUUCUCCUCUGGCCAUUCCCGUCCCUCUUAUUUUCUUGUUCCUACCCCUAAGUAGCAUUUUCCCAUUGAUCAGAAUUUGGCCCCCAGUUCACUAAAAGCCAUGCUUUUGAAUGAAAACUAUUUGGAAAGUGUCAAAAGAUGGGGUUUAUUUCUUAUCACUUUCAUAUAAAGCCUGUAGGGUUAUCACAUUUAAAAAUCUGUUUGCAUUUCUCUGCCUGUAAGUCUUUUGUGAACUGUUACUAAUAUGUAUUUUAGAAAACAGUAAAUAAAAUGUGAAUGAAGCAGAA